AUGUCAUAACUUCCUUGUCGCCACUUACACGUCAAUCGCCGACUUAUUUUUUCAUUAAUUUAUUUAAAACGCUCUCAAAAAGCUGUAGAAGUUUAAAAUAAAUUAAAAAGUAGCAUAAAUUUAGUUCUAACCAUAUGCAAUUUACGAAUAAUGAAGAACGAGUGGAUAAUCGUAGUCUUUAGUUUUAUAUGCUUGUUCGUUAAUGUCCGUGCUAUCAGAUUUAAUCUUCAGCCAAACACACAGAAAUGCCUGCGUGAUGAGAUGAAUGCAAACAUGCUAGUUGUGGGUGAAUAUGAAAUUUCAGCAGCUUCGAACCAAAUCGUUGAUUACGAGAUCAGAGACACAAAACAGCACAUCCUCUCUAAAAAAGAUGACAUUUCUCAUGGAAAGUUUAGUUUCACAUCAGAAGUCUUCGAUGUUUAUGAACUAUGCUUCAAAUCAAAAGUUCCAGCUAAUGUUCGUGGCAUGCCUCAAGAAGUUUAUGUAAACGUAAAGAAAGGUGUUGAGACAAAGUCUUAUGAAGGGAUUGCUGAAGCUGCAAAGCUCAAACCACUCGAAUUGGAACUGAAGAAGCUUGAAGAUUUGUCCGAUGCCAUUGUACAGGAUUUUGCAUUGAUGAGAAAGCGUGAAGAAGAAAUGAGAGACACAAAUGAAUCAACAAACAACAGAGUUUUGUUUUUCAGCAUAUUUGGAAUGUGUUGUCUGCUUGGGCUCGCAACAUGGCAGGUUCUUUACCUUAGACGUUUCUUCAUUGCUAAGAAACUUAUCCAACCAAACUAAACAGCGAUUUUUGAUAUUUUAACAUGAAAUCAAUGUGAAUGCUUUCAGUCUGGUUUUUCACUCAAUAAAAGAACUUCCCACUCACAUUUUUCCACCUCCAACAAACUUUAUUCUUUCUUCAUUCAAUGUUUUCCUCAUCAUUAUAAAUACAAACUUAAAAAUUCUUUAAAACUAACUGCAAUUAAUAAUUUCAAUAUCAAAUCCUAAACUUUAGAAGAAAACAAAAUGUUGGAUAACAAAAACAUAAAACGUUAUGAAUUCUAGUUUCAAAUGAAGAAAUCUAAAUAAAACGACAAUUUAUAAAAAAGAGAGAACAA